UAUUCAGAGGCUUGCACCGAGAGUAGGACAGAACGUGGGGACAUACGAACUGGUGAUUAGUUCCAGCUGAGCCUUUCUUUGCCUUAAUUCGCAUUGACUUUCAUGGGGGCUUCUAUAUGUAGCCCAUGUAGUUCCUGUCUCUCCAUUAACUGAUCAGACAACUUAGAUCAGCAAGCCGCUUUCUUGUCGGUGCUACCACAUACAGAGACAAUCUGUUACAUCAGAACAGUUGUAUAUUGAUUCUGAAGCUGAGCCCAAUUCCCCUGAAAAUGCAGCAAGCAAUAAGGAGCAUCAAGCCCAAUAAACCAUUGGGCUCUACAGCUAAGACAUCACGCGCUGUGCCACAUCUGGUAGCCAACGAUCUCCGCCAUGCAAGCCAUCCCAGCCACAUCACAGAUGUAUCGAACACCCUCCGGCAAACCGGCAUCCUCAAGGUCAGUCUGCAAUUUGAGGAUGAUUCCAGCCACUAUCUCCAACAUCUCAUGGUUGGUCUCCACAAACAACAUGGCCACGGACUGCCCAUCACCCACAGUGCAUCCCGCGGCUGGUUCUGGGACAUUCGACCUAACAGCACGUCGUUCCAAACCCCAUCUCAUCAGGCCCGAUCCGAGACAAUGAAGGAGUUUCCUUGGCACACUGAUUGUAGCUAUGAAGAAGCCCCACCUCGGUACUUUGCCUUGCAGGUCCUACGAGAAGACCAAUGUGGCGGUGGUACUCUCUCCGUAAUGAAUGUCGGCAGACUGAGUUCCCUGCUGUCGACGUCAACUUGCACUGCACUGCUCCGGCCCGAGUAUCGUAUUACUGUCCCACUCGAGUUUGUGAAAUGUGAUACGAAACGCCAUGUUGUGGGCGGCUUGAUGGCUACGGAUGCCAAGGGGUUGCCUAGUAUGGUUCGUUUUCGUGAAGAUAUUGUCACCCCGUUGACUGCGGAGGCGGCGCUAGCGUUGCAGGAGUUGAAGAAUUGCUUGCUGGGACAGAAGGUGCAGGCAGAGACCCUGCAACUUACGUCGGAUUGUUUGCCCAGGGGGUCUGUAAUCUUGAUGGAUAAUUAUAGGUGGCUUCAUGCUCGGAGCAAUGUCAGGGAUCCGGAGCGCCAUUUGCGGAGGGUUCGUUGGGAUGCGAGACCUUUUCCUACCUCAUUGAAGGCUAACAGCAGAGUUCAAUAGCAUAUUCCUGUAGUAGUUGAGCAGUCUUUAGAUAUAAACAAGGCCCGAUGACAUAUAUGUAUCGUCAAAGUCCGGCAUCAUCUAUACACAUUUUGCAACUCCCUCGCUGGGCCUACACUUUCGCGUGCACACACCGUAGGCAGCCCUUUCUACCAUUUGCUACUAUUACUUCAUUGGCCCUCAGCACGCUGG